GCCCCGCGCGGCGCCGUGGGGGGAGGGUCACGUGUGUACACACAUAGUGAAACGCAGUUCCACCCAGCGCUCGCUCGAGCCCUCGCUCGCACUGGUCACUUACGGGAACCGUCCGAGUCCUUCUUAUGGGAAUUACUCACGGACGCGUGCGUUCUGCCCGCGCGCUAAAACUGGGAGCCGGACUGCGCCGUUCAUCUGUCCGCGCGCGCCCCACGGCACGGGUCAGCGGAAGGGAACGUAAUCGCCUGUUCGACGGCUUAGUUUGGAAGUAAGCGCAGGGAAAUGUCAUUGGAAGUCACAAGAGUCGAACGCCGCUCCGAAUAUCGCCCGCAGUCGGAUUCCUCUCUCCCAGCUGAACCAGUACGCCGGAGCAGCACCCUGCAGGAACUUCGCUAUGUGGAGCUGCAUGGUUUACAACAGCACAGAUGACCCUUUGGACCACCAGCUCUGCCUUGACUUUGGACUCAUUCUGUCUGUCAUCUCCCUCACCUACCUCAUCAUCUGCUUUCCCGUGGGACUCUGCUACAAUGUGCUGCUGGUGGUGGUAAACCUCUCCAACAAGGGGAGCAUGACCAUGCCAGAUGUCUAUUUCGUCAACAUAGCCAUCGCUGGUCUUGUACUAAGUGUGGUUGCACCCGUUGAGUUGCUGGGGCCCAGGUUCACGAGGUGGCCUAUAUGGGAUUACAACAAUGAGAUCUACAUCACCUUACUCAUUCUCUUCAACAUCUCAUCACUGGUGGUCAUGUACUCCACCACAUUGCUCAGCCUGGACUACUAUAUUGAGCGCGCCCUGCCGCGCACCUACAUGUCCAGUGUCUACAACACCAAGCAUGUGUGUGGCUUCAUUUGGGGGGGUGCUGUGCUCACCAGCUUCUCGUCCCUGCUAUUCUAUGUCUGCAAUCACGUGUCCACCAAGAUCAUCGAGUGCUCCAAGAUGCAGAACAAGGAAGCAGCUGAUGCCAUCAUGAUAUUCAUUGGCUAUGUGGUGCCCGCUGUGGCCGUCCUGUAUGCUUUUGUGCUCAUCCUACGCAUCCGGAAGGAGGCUACACCUCUGGACCAGGACUCAGGGAGGCUGGACCCUUCCAUCCAUCGGCUGCUCCUCACCUCUGUCUGUGUGCAGUUUGUCCUGUGGACGCCGUACUACAUGACCCUGCUGGUGCACACACUUGUCAGUCAUCGUGAACUAUACUUGUACAUAUCGCAAGCCACCAUCUACUACUUCCUGGGGUGUCUAUCUCAGCUGUUGGCCUUCUCCAGCAGCUUUAUAACACCCUUAAUGUACAGGAAGAUGAACAGGAACUUCUCUCACAAGCUCCAGCGUCUCCUCAAGAGGUUGCACUGCGGAGAACAGGGGUGUGCCCAUGAGCGCUCCGAGGUGCAACAGGUGUUCACGUGAAGAGGGAUUUCACGGCCGCCUUCACGCUCACUCUCCCAUCAGAACUACAUGCCCACCAUGCGAGAAUAUGGCGCUGGAGCACAACAUGUACUUACAACCACCGUCAACACUUUCUUGCCUCAAAAUGAGUGGCAUUCUUGUGCCAAACCGAAGAACAUUUUACUGUUGCUAUAGUUUUAAUUCUUAGCGGUCUAUGUCAUGAGCUGAAAUCUGAUAAAGUAACCACUAAGUGCUGUUUUUGCUAUCACAUAAGCUAUUUUGAAACUCUGGAAAAAAGGAAAAAAAAAAAUCCCUAUUUGCUUUUAUGCGGAGACCCCCGUUUUGCUGAUUACACACUGAGUUAUCAACCAACAGUUACCAUGUUGUAGGAAGAGCCAUUUGCACAUCACCAGUUCCGCUGUAAAGCUUACAAUACACGUACCUCAGUUUUCUCACCCAAGGUGGGCAUUACACGGGAGCUAUUCGGGAGUAGUAGGGAACACAGGAGAUAGGGGUGGGGCUUCCCACGACUCUCAUACCCCAGCUCUCCACGCUCAGUUACACCUUUCCAGCUGUCAAGGUUGCGCUCCUAGGGUGCAGGGCAGUCCCGUCCUGUGCUGUGUUAGCUGCUAAGAACAAGGGUGUGAGUGAAGUCCGCUCGGCUGCUCGAGUAGCGUGACAUCCAAAAACAGCAGCUCAACAGAACUUAUUUAUAGCUCUGCAACUAUGACCGUGUUAAGAAACACCAGUUCUUAUGUUUGGUUGCUCGUGCAGUUUUGUCUUUUUGCCAUUUAAGCUGCUUUAAACAAAAAAAGAUUAGUUUUGCCCACUGUGGUUUUGCUACUGUCAAUUUCCUGUCUUCAUAAGGAAUAUUUAAAUGUACAGAAAACAAUAAGCAACAAUAGUGCUAAUCUCGUAUGAGACACCAUACAGAAGUGCCAGCUGGGGAAAGCAUAUCCUUUAUGAACCAUUGUACCAUCCUGCUUCCAGUACAGAGCUGUACAAUUUAACAUUUUUAAUGCCUCAGCUUGGAUAAAAGUCCCAACAUAUGACCCUGAUAAGCAGUUUAAUUUUGUACAGCAACGGUCUACUAUUACACUGUCUGGUGGAUAAGUCCAGAAGCUCAGGGGCAGAUGAUGCCAUAGAUGAACAGGAAAAAGGAACCUCAUUUCUUUAACAAAAUCAUCAAUCGCAGUCAAAAUUUUAAUGGGGGAAAAAAAAAAAAAAAAAAAA